AAAUAAUGCUCGCCUCACACCAUCCGAACGACGCGACGCUUUGUAUGUUCGAUUCUUAGGUCGUCACGUGGCAGAGUCGUAGUCGAAGAAAAUAAAAAUGGCGGCGAUACAAGUGUUCAACCAAUUCCCCUGCAAAGCCAGAGUUAAGACCUCAUCGAACUUUAAAUCCAUUUCAAAGCCUCUGAUUACGAUUCCGAUGAGCUCAAUUGUUCACCGUCCGGUGUUGUCAACCGGAGGAAUCGCUGUUUCCCGUGCGGAUUUCAGAGUCCGAGCCACGGAGGCGGGAGAGAGAGGAUCGGCGGCUUUAACGGUAGCGGAUGAAGCAAUCGAAGCCGUGGAGGAGACGGAGCGGUUGAAGAGAUCGUUAGCGGAUUCGUUCUACGGAAUCGAUCGAGGUUUGAACACAUCUAGUGAGACCAGAGCCGAAAUCGGAGAUUUAAUCACACAGCUUGAGUCGAAGAACCCUACUCCAGCUCCGACGGAUGCUCUCUUCCUUCUCAACGGCAAAUGGAUCCUCGCCUACACAUCGUUUGUGAAUUUGUUCCCGUUGCUUUCACGAGGCAUCUUGCCAUUGGUAAAAGUGGAUGAGAUCUCACAAACCAUUGAUUCAGAUAACUUCACUGUUCAAAACUCUGUUCGUUUCGCUGGUCCUCUAGGUACAAACUCUAUUAGCACCAACGCUAAGUUCGAAAUCCGAAGCCCUAAACGUGUCCAGAUUAAGUUUGAGCAAGGCGUUAUCGGGACACCUCAGCUAACGGAUUCGAUUGAAAUACCGGAAAACGUAGAGGUUCUUGGUCAAAAGAUUGAUCUUAACCCGAUCAGAGGGUUACUUACCUCGGUGCAAGACACUGCCUCGUCUGUGGCUAGAUCCAUAUCGAGCCAACCACCGUUGAAAUUCUCUUUGCCAGGGGACAAGGCGGAGUCGUGGCUACUCACGACUUACCUAGACAAAGACAUUCGGAUCUCUAGAGGUGACGGUGGAAGCGUCUUUGUGCUUAUCAAAGAAGGAAGCCCUCUCUUGAAUCCUUGAACUUUGUCUAAAUAUAUGUCUCUCUCUCUCUUGUCGUUGUGUUAAGUGAGACCAAAUAAGUGAUGUUGUAGGUUUACUCCUUAGUGAUUAUAUGGAAGUAAGGGAACUUAUUUGUUUUAA